AUGGCUUCCCCAGUUUCGCCUCCUUGGCGUGAGAGGGCAAAUGGCUUCUUCUCAUCUUCAGGUAACUUCAAGUAAAUAAUCAAUGACCAAGACAAAACCUGGUCAUAGAUCACUGGUUCAUGUCGCUGUUAAAUUCAAUUUACCUGUGAUUUUUUAUUUCUUUGUCUCGACCAGGGGUCAAGCUAAAGCAGGCAAGCCGGUCUGCAGGAACAUUCGUGGGGGAAGUAGCAAAGGACGCAGGUGGAACUGUUGCUGAAGCGGCGGAACGAGUUGGAUCACUGAUGAAGAGCCGAUGGGCUUUCCUACAGCAGAAUAAACAGCGACUGGCGUCACCAUCCAAAGAAACUUUGCAAGAACACAUUCGUUCCGCUGCCACAGUGACCAGCUCUCUGGUAAAGAAGGGCAUUGCGGAGACUAAGGACGUGGUUGCUAUAGGAAAAGUGAAAGUUGAGGAGGUAAAUGUCAAAAAUUUGUGUAAUGUUGUGAAUAUAUAGAAAUUUUAUCUGAAAUGAUAUCUGAUCAUUGGCAUACAUCUUCCCCAAGAGAUUUCCUCCCGCUGUAAAAUUGCAAAACUUAUAUUUAGCAGCUACGGUUUUAACUUAAAGUGACGAAAAUUUUUCAGGCAGCAAAGAAAACUUCUGACAAAAGUAAGAAUUUACUGAGCAAUAUUGAACGUUGGCAAAAGGUGAUUGUGUAAUCUCAAGCUGUAGAUAUUUUCUUGCACAUCUGCGCCUUCAGACUCUUAUCUUAUCUUUUAUUUACAGGGUGUCGCAAGUAACGAUGGUCAGCCACUUAUUCUAUUUCGUAAUUUGCGAGAUACAGUGUUAUUGGCCUUUUGCAUGAUCCAUUUUCCACAUUUGGAUACUGUUUAUUGACAUCUCUACAAUUAACAAAAAAAUAUUUUGCUACUUCGUGUCAAGACUGACCAGUUGUUCAAAAUUCUCAGUUUUUGGUGUCCCCAUCGAGGUAGUUGUACAGAGGCAACAUUCUGUCCGGCCGAUUCCCCAGAUUUUGGUCAGAUGCGCCGAUUAUCUAGUCUUAUCAGGUAUCAUGAGACGUUGUUCGGCACUUCCAUAUCUUUUCUGAACAUCGAGCUCUGAAUGAUGGGCUUCUCCUAUCUAGGCCUGCACACUGAGAACUUGUUCAAACUUGAUGGAGACAGGAAAGCCAUCAGGCAAUUGAUUUCAUUGUACAACCAAGGUUAGAUCCCAUAUUUGCUUAUAGAUUUGGCGUGGGGGUUACUUAUUAUGCCCAUUAUUCUUUCUCUGAUGUUGAAGAUGUGGAUCUGUUUUCUAGAUUGGAAUGCUCCUGUGCCUGAAGGAUCUAAUCCACUCGAUGUGGCCGCUCUGAUGAAAUGCUAUCUCGCCAGUCUUCCUGAGCCACUCACUACUUUCCAGCUUUAUCAUGGAAUUAGAGAAGCCAGGAGUAACAUCAAUGACGUCAGAAACAUAUUGAGCAAGCUCCCAAAUGUAAGCUACACAACCUUGGAAUACAUCACGGCCCUACUCCUCCGUGUGAACCAGAAAUCCUCUCUUAACAAGGUAUGCCCCUCAUCUGAUCUGGUUCUUGUGUUCUUCAUCAAUGAUACCAGCACACAAAUGGUUGAACUAACCAUUUUUAUCAAUUCCUGCGAUCGUAGAGGGCAUUUGAUCUGAAGUUCUUGUCUGCAUGCUUACUGUCGACUGGUAGUCAGAUCCAAGAAAAAAAACCCCAGCUCCAUUUGCAGAAAGACGAGGAAGAAUGGAUUCAUAUAAAUAAACGCAAAGCCUUAUCACGACAAUGGGAGAUCCGUGCUUUAUCUCCUCGACAUUAUCUCCCGUGAUAAUAAUAAUAAGAAGAAGAUUUUGCUAUUUAUAGUGUUAUCACUGCUUUCCAAUAGUAUAAAUGCGUUUCUUUUGAGAAUAUUUCAUGUCAACCUAAUAAUGCCGAGUUCACUAUGCUUAUUUAAACCAUAAUAUAAUAUAUAUAUGUAUCAUAGCGCCAUUUAUAUGUUUGUUCCUAAAUCUGUGUACUGCUGGUAAGUUUAUUCCUUCAGUGUGAUAAAUCUUGAUCUCCAUCACCCUCCCUGGGCCUAUUUCCUGCAUAAAUCGACCCCUUUUCUGCGCAGAUGGACGCCCGCAGCCUCGCCGCGGAGCUGGCGCCUCUAAUGAUCUGGCAGCAGGGGGACUCCAAGGCGGAUUUCCACGGCCAUCUUAGCUACACCUCGAGAGGUCCUUCCAAAGCCGUCGACCUGGCGGCGUCGAGCAACAUUGCCUCUGAGAGCCUCUACGGUGAGACGUUCAACCCGGGUUAUUUUAUCUCAAAUUACUUAUUUUGGAAAUAUAGGAUAGCCCGUGAGGUUUGACUUUUGCCGCCGUCGUCAGAUGAAGAUGACGGGACCGGCACGUCCACACUCAUCCCCCUUGACGACGGCGCGGGCCCCGACUACGGCGCCAUCGAGGUCGUCCAGUGCCUCAUCGAGCACCACAACGCCGUGUUCACGGACGCGAACGAGACGGUCUGGAGAUGA